AUGGGCUUCAUCAAACGAUUCCUCUCCCUCGGCAGCCGCAAGGGCAAGAAGCAACGCAACCAGCUCACCAGCGCUUCUACGCCUGGUCUCAAUGACUUCCCACCCACCUCUCGCAAUGACAGGCGCAAGGAAGAGCGCGAGCAGGAGGAUGCUGCACGGCGCUUAUUGCGCUCGUCCUCCGCCCACUUUACCGUCGUCUCUGAGGUGGACUUUACGUCUUUGCCUCCGAUGCCCCACCCUAUCGAUAGCCUGAGCCCUAUGCCAACAGGCGCUUCGGUCUACAGUCUCACGCCCUCGGCCUCACCAUCACGUUCGACUGUCCAAUCCCGUGGUCGCACCUACUCGGUCAAGAUUCUCGGCCGCGAAGUCCACACUCGCUCGACCACUACCGAGUCGAAUGUUCAGACUCCCUCGCGUAGCAGCAGCGGCUCCCGCGCAGAGACGCACCCGGCCAUCACCCCUCACGACGAGAAGCGCAUCCACCGUCUUCGUCAAGACCCUUCCGUUGCGAGUCUCUUGGACAUGUACGACACGCAUGGACAGCUCGAUGCUGCAGCCUUCUCCAACUCUCCCGAGAAGCGCUCUUCUGCUUCCGCUGCUUCUACUUCCGUUCAAGAGAAACGCAUGAGCAGGCAGGAGAAGCGCAUGAGCAGGCAGCAACGUGCUGCGCAGGAGAUCGACCAGGUUGGGAGGGCGCAAGUACAACGGAGUGGAUCAACGCUCAGGCAGUUGCUUGGGAGUCCUGAGCCUGAGUAUGGUGAUCAUGAGCGUACCAGCUCUAACGAGGGCGAUAUCUCGUGGGCCGAACGUUUCCUUGGGGAGCGUGGCUCUGACAACGACUCGUCUCCUUCGGACGUCGACUCGCCCAUGAUUGUGACGCCCAAGGACGCCACUUUCACCCUCCCGGCAGACCUCACCAAGGAAGUCGGCAAUGUCACUCAAGCCAACAUGACACUUUCGACGGAGGCCAACACUACAGUCAACAACUCGGCCGUUAACUCGCUAGAAGUCGAGUACAGCCAGACUAGCGACCAAGUCAAGACCGAGCUUGGACUUCCCGUGCGCCCUACUACGCCCGCGACGCCUGCACGUCCCGCGGCCGAGGUCUUCGGAUUCUUACUCGAGCGUCGCAAGAGCAAGAGUUCGAAUGCGACACUAUUGCACGCCACCCAAGAUCAGGAGGACCACCCGCUGCCUCCCCUUCCCACGGGCAGCUCGGCGUGGACGGCCAGGACUGAGAAGCUCACUCUGCCCGAGCAGCCCAGCCCGACCCAUUCGCAGGCCAACACCUCGCUCUCAACCGACGCACCGUCCUCAGCAGGUUCGAUCCUUGAAGACCCUCCUACCCGCGCCAUGAUCAUUACCCAAGCCCGCGCACCGACGCCCGUACUUCUCCAACAGCAGCAGCGCGCGGUCGAAGUCCGUCAAAGCCGCAUACCGCGUGGUCCGCGCGCACAGGCUGGUCACAACAGGAACCGCAGCUCGGUUAGUCUAGCUGCCCCUGAGCUCGACACGCACAGCACGGGCGCAAGCACAUCGACGACGCAGAGCUUCGUCACGGCUCAGAGUUCGCACUCCAUUCAACCGCCCCCGGCUCCCGCUACGGAGUCCAAGCCUCGCGUGUCGGACGAGUUCAAGACGCCCGUCAAGUCUACGCGUAUCCCCGUCGGCCCGCGUGAGGCUCUCCGCUCAGGUGCCGCCAACGCUCAGACACCGCGCGCGUCCGAGCAGCCUCUGAAGAUGCCUUUCGGCCUUGCGCAGAAUCAGGGUCACCCCAAGACGCCCAAGGCGCCUAUUGGGCUUGGCCUGGGUCAUGGUCAGCCUGUCGAUCCCGACGCGUACACACCCGUCCCGGCUCGUCGCGGGAACCGGGAGCGCCGCAUCGCGUCUGCAGCGUCCGCGAGGAGCGUCGAGUCAACGCAGAGCGGUGUCGGCAAGCGCUCGCGCAUUCCGAGGAAGAGCAAGGAGAACGCGCUCGACCUCGCCUCUGCCCCUGUCACCGAGGAGAAGAAGCGCCCCAGGACGCCGGACGCUGCCACAUUGUUCGCCAGUGCUGGGUCUGUUGAUCCCGACAGGAGUGCCGACCUUUCGCCGGUAGCGCAGAGGAUGAUGGCUGACCUGCGCGAGAGGAGGAAGCCGAUGAGGGCGGCGGGGCAGAUGGCUGAGGUCCUCACCGCUGAGCUGCGCAGGUGA